UUUUUGUUCCAGCACUAUAGACAACAUCUCCGACACGUCAGAAUAUUCUUCAGAAUAUUUGUCUUUUAUUUGAGCUAUUUGAACAGUUGUCGGCUUGCAUUGGACAAAACUGGGAAGUAAACGCCAGACGCAGACACUUAGAACCAUGGCGCAGAACGUGGCCCUGCUGGGAUUGGCUGUGAUUGCGAUUUCAGCCUUGAUUUCCACGACAACCGCCCUUCCCGUGACACAAAAUAAAAAGGAUCCUAAGGCGGAGGAGUCCUCUACUCCGGCCACCGCCGACGUGGAAACGGCCCUGGAGUACGAGCGCUACCUGCGGGAGGUCGUCGAAGCCCUUGAGGCGGAUCCCGAAUUCCGGAAGAAGUUGGACAAAGCGCCCGAGGCCGACAUUCGGAGUGGCAAGAUCGCACAAGAGCUGGACUACGUAAACCACCAUGUGCGCACCAAGCUGGACGAAAUUAAGCGUCGUGAGGUAGAGCGACUGCGCGAACUGGCCAAUCAGGCCUACGAGCUGUCCAACGACAUUGACCGAAAACACUUGAAGGUUUCGCAGCAUCUGGAUCACGAAAACGAGCACACUUUCGAGAUCGAGGAUUUGCGCAAGCUAAUCCAAAAAACUUCCGAUGACCUGGCCGAGGCUGACCGCAAGCGGCGUGGCGAGUUUAAGGAGUACGAAAUGCAAAAGGAGUUUGAGCGCGAGGCGCAGAAAAAGGAAAUGGACGAGGAGUCACGCAAGAAGUUUGAAGCCGAGGUCAAGGAAAAGGAACAGAAGCACAAGGACCACGAGAAGCUGCACCACCCGGGUAACAAGGCCCAACUCGAGGAUGUGUGGGAGAAACAGGACCACAUGGACAAGAACGACUUUGAGCCAAAGACUUUCUUCUCGAUCCAUGACGUAGACAGCAAUGGUUACUGGGACGAGGCGGAGGUCAAAGCUCUGUUUGUUAAGGAACUGGACAAGGUCUACCAGAGCGAUCUGCCUGAGGACGACAUGAGAGAGCGGGCCGAGGAGAUGGAGCGCAUGCGUGAGCACUACUUCCAGGAGACGGACACUAACCACGAUGGCUUGAUUAGCAUCGAGGAGUUUAUGAUGCAGACUACCAAGGAGGAGUUCCAAAAGGACCCUGAGUGGGAGACUAUUGAUCGCCAGCCGCAAUACACGCACGAGGAGUAUCUGGAGUACGAGCGCCGGCGCCAAGAGGAGGUUCAGCGUCUGAUCGCCCAGGGCCAGCUGCCGCCGCAUCCCAAUAUGCCGCAGGGAUACUACGCUGCUCCACCUCCUCCAGGUGUGGCCUACCAGCAGAUGCCACCGCCAAAUGGUCAACUGCACUACCAGCAACCCGACCAGGUGCACGCCCAGCAGCAACAGCAAUACGCACAACAGCAACAGCAAUACGCUCAGCAAUACCAGCAGCAGCAAUAUGGACACGGACAGCAGCCCGUUCAGCUGCAUCCCAACCAGGUGUACCAGCACGCCGGACAGAUUCCGCAGCAACAGCAGCCUGUCUAUCAGCAACAUCAGCCUGUCUACCAGCAACAGCAGCCCGUCAAUCAGCAGCAGCAGCAACCUGUGCAGCAGCAACAGCAGCAGCAGCCAGUGCAGCAACAACAACAGCAGCAGCAGCAACCUGUGCAGCAGCAGCAGCAACAGCAACCUGUACAGCAGCAGCAGCAACAGCAACCUGUGCAGCAGCAGCAGCAACAACCUGUGCAACAGCAACAACUUACUGCACAACAGCAGCAAACCGCUCAACAACAACCUUUACAACAACAACAAGUCUACAAUCAAAGCCCUCCGCCAGCUCAAAAUCAACAGGUGCCAGUGCAGCAGCAACAGAAACAACAUCAGGAAACAGCAAAUCAGCAACAUUAAACAUUCCCUGGCUGACGCAUUUCAUUUAGGCGAUCUAAGCAAAGCAUUACAAAAACUUGGUAACGAGAACACAAUGUGAUUGGACUGAAAUAGCUAACUUAAAUCAAUAUAUCUCACUAUGGUUAUGUAGAAAAUGUACAAUGAAAUAACUGAAUGCCAAAAGGAAUUCCUUUGUCCAUAAAGUUUUCUUCGUUGUUUAAGUACAUUUUUUCUUAUCACAUAGUUUUGCAUUUGCGCGAAGUAUUUUUUAAACGAAUUUUUUGUACAUAUGAGUUUAUGCCCUACAUAAUAAAUCUUUGGCAAAAAACGAAAAACAUGA